CCUCACUGGUUUGCGUAUUCACGUGGUGAGAUAUCAAGCGAGCUCUCUCCACCACCAACCAAAUCGAUCGCCGAGCAAGACAUCCACUGAUCCACACCCGCACACAUGACGACGCCGCCUCCCGCCGCCGCCACGACGUUGCCCUUCUCUCUCCUGCUCCUCCCCCGCGCCGCCGCCGCCGCGACUCCUUCUCGCCGCGUCAGGAGCAACCCGGCGGCGGCGGGACGACAUGGCGGCGUGCGGUGGACGGGAGGUGGGGCUGGGAGGAGGCGGCAGCGGCAGCGGCGGCGGCUCGUGGGGCUCUGCUGGGCGGCGGUGGUGCAGGAGGACGGCGUGCUGCUGCCCAAGGAAGGGGAGGACGAGGCGGCGAGCGGCGCCGGGGGGAGGUACGACUGGAGGGAGGAGUGGUACCCGCUGUACCUGACCAAGGAGGUGCCCGACGACGCCGCGCUGCCGCUCACCGUGUUCGACCGGCAGCUCGUGCUCUACCGCGACGCCGGCGGCGAGCUCCGCUGCCACGAGGACCGGUGCCCCCACAGGUUAGCGAAGCUGUCAGAAGGGCAGCUCGUCGACGGCAAGCUGGAGUGCCUGUACCAUGGGUGGCAGUUCGACGGGCAGGGCAAGUGCGUCAAGAUUCCACAGCUGCCUGAUGGCGCGAAGAUCCCGAAGAACGCGUGCGCGCGCAGCUACGAGGUGCGGGAGUCGCAGGGCGUGGUGUGGGUGUGGAUGUCGGAGUCGAGCCCGCCGGAGGAGAAGAAGCUGCCGUGGUUCGAGCCGUACGCGCGGCCGGGGUUCAGCGACCUGUCGACGGUGCACGAGCUCCCCUACGACCACUCCAUCCUGCUGGAGAACCUCAUGGACCCGGCGCACGUGCCCAUCUCGCACGACCGCACCGACUGGACGGCGAAGCGGGAGGACGCGCAGCCGCUCUUCUUCGAGGUCACCGAGCGCACGCCGCGCGGGUUUGCCGGGUACUGGGGGCGGCAGCGGACGCCGCACCUGCGCAACCUGCUCCGCUUCGAGGCGCCCUGCGUGCUCACCAACACGCUCGAGUUCGUCGACAAGGACGGCAGGGAGCAGUGCUUCUCGGCGCACUUCCUCUGCCGGCCCGCCGGCCAGGGGAAGUCGAUGCUCCUCGUGCGCUUCGGCUCCACGGCGAGGUCGCCGCUCGCCAUGGUGCUCCCGCCGUGGUACCUGCACCAGAACGCCUGCAAGGUGUUCGAGCAGGACAUGGGGUUCCUCUCGUCGCAGAACGAGGUGCUGCUCCGGGAGAAGGUGCCCACCAAGGAGCUCUACCUCAACCUCCGGUCGUCGGACACCUGGGUGGCGGAGUACCGGAGGUGGAUGGACAGGGCGGGCCACGGCAUGCCCUACUACUUCGGGCACAGCACGCUGUCGCCGCCGCCGGUGCCGGCCGUCGUCGAGCAGGCGCCGGCGGGGGCCGUCGCCGGCAUCUCCGCGUCGUUCCCGGCCAAGGGCGGCGUCGGCACGACGCACGCGCCCAACCCGACCAACAGGUACUUCCGCCACGUCGUGCACUGCAAGGGGUGCAGGGACACCGUCAAGAAGUACACCUCCCUCAAGAACGCCUUCGCCGUCCUCGCCGCGGCGGCCGUGGCCGCGGCCGUCCUGGCGGCGACGAGGCAGUGGAAGGCCGUCUUGCUGGCGUCCGCGGCGGCGCUGGCCGCGGCGUCGUACGCCUGUAACUGGGUGCUUUCUCUUAUCACGACCAAUUUUAUUAGGACACACAGGAGACUGUAAAUGGUACAUACUGUAGUAGCAAUGUAGUAGAACGGUAGAUAUUUCUUUGUUUUGUUCUUGUAUAUUUGUAUCCUUACAUGAGUAAAGACGUUCAGUUAUUGAUAGUAUAGUUUUGUUAUGAGUGAUG